CGUUUGAAUCUGCUCCUUUAGGGCGUCGAGAAAAUUUCAUCACGUAAAAAGACUAACGCCAAAUUUGUGGAGAAAAAUAGACUUUAUAUUGAUGUUAUUGGCUUUACACUAUCCAGUUUAAAAGUCCUCGUUGGGUUUUAAAACCCAAAACUGUUUAGAGAGAUCUGUUUGCUGAGUAACAAACAGAGCAUCAGUGUUUAGCUAGUUAGCGGCUAGCUGCUAAAGAGAGAGUUGGCCCAAAUUAGUUGGGGGUUUUGGAUGAAUAUGCGCUUUUAUGAAGUAUGGUAAGUUAGUUUAUGUAAAGCCAGGUUAAAAUGGACCGUAACUUUUAUUCUGGUUUGUCGGACGGCUGUGCUCCUGUAGAUUCAGAGUUUUUGGAUUCCCACACAUACGGUGAAUACUCUGCAGACAUUAAGUUUCCAGAGGACGGGGAUAGUUAUUUGAGCAUCAGUGGAGCAGGGCAUCACUUCCUGUCUGCAGAGCAGACAUUCCACACUCCCAGUCUUGGAGAUGAGGUUUUUGAGAUCCCCCCAAUCUCCCUGGAUCCAGACCCAGCUCUGGUCAUCAGAGAUGCAGUGUCUCACUUCGAGCUGACGGAUGGAUCAGACGGUACCACUGGACCUCUAGGCUCCAGGAGUUUGGUGAGCAACCUGGUGGUGGAGACCAAUGACCCCUCCUUUGCCUCCACCUUCGUGAACUCUGGCCCUCAGGCCCUGGAGCAGCUGAACCUGGGGACCAUGGGCCCAACUGGAGCAGGGGGAGCCCUGCUGAGCUCCUCUGCACUGGAACUGGGGAACUCCAAUGGUUCACAUUUCAACAGUUCGUCCCCGAUGACCAUUGAUGUCCAGCUCUGUGACGUGGGUCAGAGCCUUUUGGAAAGCGGUCAGCUCACCACAAUAAACCCAUCAGAACUGGCUCUGGGUCUCGGUGCUGGAAGCUCUGGGGCACCCGAGCAGCCGCUGUCAGCAACACUGUCUCCUACUGGUUCCCUGCAGGAUGAGGACAUGGAGGACUUUAAGAGGAGUGUGCUGGAUGACUCCAUGUCACUCUGCUCUUCCUCUGUCUUCUCCCACAUGUCCUCCUGCCCAGCUACCUCACCCUCCCUGGCUGCAGCCAGGAGGGGUGGGGGGAAGCUGGCUGCACCGACAGCAGCAGCUGAAGCAGCGGGCGGGAAGAAAGGGAGGAGGAGGAAGGAUCCCAAUGAGCCCCAGAAGCCAGUUUCAGCAUACGCCCUGUUCUUCAGAGACACGCAGGUGGCAAUUAAAGGCCAGAACCCCAACGCCUCGUUUGGGGAGGUGUCAAAGAUUGUAGCAUCAAUGUGGGACAGCCUGGCGGAGGAGCAGAAGCAGGUGUACAAGAGGAAGACAGAAGCUGCUAAAAAGGAGUAUUUAAAGGCACUUGCAGCGUACAAAGCCAGCCAUCUGACGCAGCCUGCUGUUGAUGAGAUGGAGGCGUCUCCUCCUUCACCUCCACCUGUGAUUGAUCUGACCUCUCCAGUCCCUCCCUCCUCUGAGCACCAGGCCAUCCUCCUGCCUCUGGCCAGCAGCGGUGUGGAUCAGAACGCCAUCACCAACAUCUGCGCCUCCAGCAUCAUCCUAGACGUCCCAGAGGUGACGACUCGGUUCCAGGCAGGAGCGAACAAAGCUCCUGCAGCGUCUCCCACCCAGACUAUCACCAAGAUCGUCAUCCCAAAGCACAUUCUGCAGGCAGGGGGGCAGGUGGUCACGCUGCUGCCAGGAGGGGUCCAUGCAGCACAGCCCACCUUCCUGGUCUCCAGCACCUCCCGUCAGCCUCCUCCGCUGCAGCAGAUGCAGAAUGCACCUCCUCUUCCGCGGCUCCAGCAGAUGGCACCAGCUCCACCACCCUUACAGGCCAAACCUCGAGAGGGGGGCGGUGUCCCAGGUCACGCUGUGUCCAUCGCAGCAACGCCUCCGCCUCCGCUUCAGAUAAAAAUAGUUCCUGCUUCCAUUCAGGACAAAGAGACCGUACAGGUCAUCUUACCCGAUGCUGAAGCUGCGUCUGCGCCGUCGGUGCGCGUCGUAAAUCCUGCUGCGACUUCGAGCAUUCCAGUCAUCGACGACGUCACCGAAGUGCUGGAUUCAGAUGAGGACGUGAUGGAGGUGAAGCCGUCUGGUGAAGCAGCCACAGCGAGGCUCGUGUGUGUGAGAGCCGGCUGCAACAAUCCCGCCGUGGACAGCGAAGACUGGGACAGAGAGUACUGCAGUAAUGAAUGUGUGGCCACUCACUGCAAAGACGUGUUUAAGGCCUGGUGCUCCAUCAGGAACCAGAGUCUGGGAACAGUGAAGUAAAGAGAAGCUCAUUUGUUACAGUUUGUAUCAGCCGAACAACCUGUGAGUCACCACUGAUGAGCGGCGGUGAUGUUUUAACUCUUUUGUACUUGAAUUGUAUAUUUCACAGCUGUUUGGCAGAAGAGAUAAAUGUGUAAGAAUGUCAGGGACAGCUGUCUUCAUUGUGGACGUGUCGACCAUGUCGUCCUCGAUGCGUUCAGGUUCGUUACCACGUGUUGUAACUCCGUCAGUAAUCAGAGUUAAAGGCAGCUAAAUAAGUUUAUCAGCGGAAAACAUUUCUUUACAAUAAAGAAGACAGAGUGUUUUUUUUUUUUUUACAGAGGUCGUCGUUGGAUUUAGUUUAGGCUUUAUAAAGGUUUUGUUUCUGAUAUUUGAAUUAUGCCUUUA